GGGAGAUCGACGGCGGCGGUCCGGUGAGAAGAGGCAGGCGGCCAUCGUAGGCGCUUGUCCGGCGGCGGCGCCGCUAGGAUGGCGCCCGUGCAUCGGCGACCUGGAGAUCCUCCUCCACGAUACGGAGCACAAGAGGAGGUUUUUACCGUAGAAAUCAACUAUGGUGGAUUUUUCUGCGAAUUUGGCCGAUCGAAGACGUAUGUCGAUGGUAAAGUUGCUCUGUUCGAUGGUUGCGAAGUAGAUACAUGGUCUCCUCUCUGGCUCACUGAUUUUAUGCAGCAACUGGGAUAUAGUGACCAAUCUAAGCAUGUUAUUUACUGGUUACUGCCUGGAAAGAAUUUAGCCGACGGACUGCGGAUUGUGGACUGUGACACUGACACUUUGCACAUGACAGCAGUUGUUCCAAAAUUCCAGUUGUUUCAGUUGUUUGUUGAUCACAAAGAUAUGGCCUUUGACAAUGUAAUGGAUGAUAUUCAUGUUAGUGGUACACCUGAGCUACCUCUUGUACUAAGCCCUAAAUCUCAUGGGUUUAGCAGUGGAAUAAGAGGAAGUCCCAGGUUUAAGGUGAAAGCUCACAAAGGCAGACUGAACCAAUGUCAUGCAGGCAGCAGCAAUGAAGGGAGUAGCAGUGUUCCACCAGUGGGACUAAAUGUUGGACAUGAGCUUAGAAGAAGCAGGAGGAAACUUGUGGUAGAAGAAGAAAUCCCCAAUGAAAAUGACAGUGACAGUGAUAGUGAUGACAGUGAAUGGGAUUCAGACUGGGUAGACUCUGACAAUGAAGUAGGCAAAGAUGAUGAUGAUCUAUAUGAAGAAUGGGUUGAUGAAAAAUUUGAGAAAAAAAAAAGAAGAAAUCUGAAUGGGAGCAGGACAGUGACUAUGAUACAGAUGAACUGCAGGAGCUACAAGGUUCAGAGCUUGAAGAUAGUGAUUCAGCAGAGGAAGUGGAAGUAG